GGGGCUGUUAUUCCGUCAGAUCCUAGUGAAUCUAGAGACAUAAAAACAGUUCGACGCAGGUCUGCGUAGUGUCAGUUUGACGGGUGGCCUUCACUCUGAGAAAGGGUUAAACCCACUGAUUUGAAUUCUUAAGUUCGAUCAAGUAGAUUUUAAAUUUAUUUUUAAGAAGUAAAUUCGUUGUUUUUAAUCGUGCGAAUCAGCGACACAAUGAGUGCAACCAACGGGGAUAGCAGCAGCGGCACGGUCAGGGUUUGGUGCGAUGGAUGUUACGAUAUGGUUCAUUUCGGACAUGCAAACUCUCUGCGUCAGGCGAAGGCCCUCGGAGACAAGCUUAUCGUGGGCAUACACACGGACGAGGAGAUCACCAAGCACAAAGGACCACCCGUCUUCACGCAGGAGGAGAGGUACAAGAUGGUGCGCGGCAUCAAGUGGGUGGACGAGGUGGUCGAAGGGGCACCCUACGUGACGACGCUGGAGACGCUCGACAAACACGACUGCGACUUCUGUUGCCAUGGUGAUGAUAUCACGAUGACGGCCGACGGCGUCGACACAUACCAUCUGGUCAAAACUGCCGGCAGAUACAAGGAAGUGCAGAGGACGGCUGGUGUAUCUACGACAGACUUGGUUGGCAGGAUGCUGCUGCUGACGAGGCAGCACUUCAAGCAGGGACCGUUCGAGUACAAUGUUGCCAGAGAGCACUCUUCGACGAUGGGUCAGGAUUCGACGGCGAGAUCCCCGUGGACGGGAUGCUCUCAAUUCCUUCCGACCACCCAGAAGAUCAUCCAGUUCUCCGACGGCAAAUCCCCGCAGCCCGGCGACAAGGUGAUCUACGUGGCCGGCGCCUACGACCUCUUCCACGUCGGCCACUUAGACUUCUUGGAGAGGGCCAAAAAGUUCGGGGAUUACCUUAUCGUCGGCCUGCACACGGAUCCCGUCGUCAACAGGUACAAAGGCUCGAAUUAUCCCAUCAUGAAUCUGCACGAGCGCGUCCUCAGCGUGUUGGCGUGCAAGUACGUGAACGAGGUAGUCAUCGGCGCUCCCUACGCCGUCACCAAAGACCUGAUGGAGCAUUUCAACGUGGACCUGGUGAUCCACGGAACGACGGCCGUCAUGGAGGACGUGGACGGCAAAGAUCCGUUCGCCCUACCCAAGCAGCAGGACAAAUUCAAACUGGUCGAUUCCGAGAACGAUAUGACAACGGAGAAGAUCGUCGAUCGGAUCAUCAGCAAUCGCUUGGAGUACGAAGCCCGAAACCAGAAGAAGGAGAAGAAGGAGAUGGACUUGUUGAAGUGCCUCAACGGCAACUGAACUCUUUUGGUGGAAGGAGUGUGGAGAAGUAAAAUUCGGUGGAGAGAAGCAACAACAAUAACAGCAAAGAAAAAGUUAUAUAAGUGCCAUGCGUAAAUGUAUAAUUCCAAUUGUAGAGUGUGUCUAAGUGUGUAUGCGUGUAUGAUUUCAAUUGAUCGAGAAUCCAUCAACGUUUUCGAUCGAUUCCCGUGCAAAUACUACAUUAUUUUUUUUGGUACGAUCGAGUCUAUUCGUUUUUUUUUAUACUUAUAUAUAUAUUUUUAAUAUUUUAUUAUUAACAGAUUUAUUUAUAUUUGUAUACGUAUAAAUAUUUUAUCAAACUGAAGCAUUAUUACUACUCUCUAUUUAUAUUUAAGAAAAAAAACGAUAACAAUAUAUAUUUGUGAUGAGAAAAGAAUGUUUUUAUCCAAUAGAUUAUUCUUUUUUCGUGUAUAUGUAAAUAUGCGUAGGCUUGUCUUGAUUGCUAUUAAUUAAUUAAUUAUUCUCUCUCUCUCUCUCUUUCUCUGGUUUCUUAAAUGUGAUAAUUGUAACGACAAUUUAUAAAGCUUAUAUAUAUAUUCUGUUCUACUUCUAUACUUUCUGUACAUAAAAACAAAACUUUCAAUCAACUUCAAACUUAAUUCUUCUAAAAAUUUUAAUAAAAAUAAAACUGUGUACGUGUGUUAACUGAUAAAGCAAACCAAAUAUGAAUGUAUAUAGUCAUUAAAUUAGUUAAUCUAUAAAAAAAAUAUUGAUUUUUUUUUAUUAUUAUUUUAAAACAAUAGCUGUAUGGUUUAGUGCUCCUCAGUGUAUUGUUGUUUUAUUCCCACUUUUACUCUUUGGAAGAUGCUGACGUACAACCUUUUGUUGUUGUUGUAAAACGUGCGCGCAUUCGUCCUCUUGACAUCGCACCUUCUGUUUUGUGAAAACCAAUCAUAGCUAGUGAUACUUAAACAAAACUAAUUAUAUUAUUAUAUAUAUACAUAGAUUUUGUAUGUGGAAGAUGCCGGCAGUUGUUCGUCUAGCGAAAGAUCACGAAGGAAAUUAUAUAAUGGUUUACAAAAAUCACAAA